AUGAGUGUAACAGCAGACGAGCGCAAUCCACACAUCAACGCCUUUAUCAAAUUUGUCCCCCGACUUGCUCCGUUAUUUGGUGGGUUAGAGAUAUCUCCCAUAGUAGUUGACUCGGAGUUUUUCGAGUAUUAUUUGAUCAACUCGCAGUUAUACCGAUACUUCUAUAGUACGCGGGUGUCCACUGACGACAAGUACAAAGUGUUUAAAGACUUAGUAUUGAUUCAUUACACCUUGAUGGAGCACAAGUAUUUGACUAAAGAAGAGGCUUUUGUCCUUAAAGUUGUGAAUGGCGCGAAGUUACCGGUGUUUGAAGAGCACUUCGAAGCAAUACGAAACGAUCAAAAAGCGUCGGAAGAAUACAUCAAACGUGUCUUCCACUUCUUUGUGAACACUUUAAAACGAAUGCAACAAGAAAACAACUCUUCGAUCGACGACUUGUUGGGAUGCACCGACUGUAACGGCAAGAAGGAGCGCGACUAUUGGAUCAAUUUCAUCAUCAAAACCCUCACUACCGUUAACCAACAAACACUCUCCAAAAUCAUCAAAUAUUUGAAUCCAAAGAUGUGGGAGGACGACGCCGAAAUCGACUUGAAGAAAUUGACCCUCGACCAACUCCGCGGGGUCGCUGAUAUCAUUCGAUUCGAUUAA